UGAACUGGGCGGCGGCGGCGGCCUAGAAAAACGAACUUGGAUCGCCCAGCGCCGGUGACUUUCUCUACAGGCAAGGCAAUGGCGCAAUCAUUACAAUUUUCAUUAUCAAUUUCUCCGGCAUCUGCUCAAUCUAUUCAUAACAGGCUUACUUCCAAGCCUUCCACUCACUUCUGGACGCGGCGAACAACCCCCCGUACAGUCAAAUCCGACUCCUCUUCACUCUCUCAUUAUCCCGGAUCACCGGUUUCUAAACUCGCCAAUUUUACUUCAACGACGCCGCAUCAUAUUCGGUCGUCGGCGACGGAACUGGAUGCUGAGAUCAUCGUUGAUAAGGUGACGGAGGCGGAGCUGAAGGAAAAUGGGUUCAGAAGCACAAGGAGGACCAAAAUUAUCUGUACGAUCGGCCCUGCUACCGCCGGCUUUGACGAGCUGGAGGCGCUUGCCGUCGGUGGGAUGAACGUAGCUAGAUUAAACAUGUGCCAUGGCACACGCGAAUGGCAUCAUCAGGUGAUUGAACGAGUUAAGAGAUUGAAUACAGAGAAAGGGUAUGCUGUAGCAAUAAUGAUAGAUACGGAAGGGACUGAGACUCGGAUGGGCGAUUUGGAUGAUUCAGCUUCUUCAGCUAAGGCUGAGGAUGGUGAUGUUUGGACCUUCACAAUUCGAUCACUUGCUUCGCCUUUGCCAGCACGUACAGUUAGUGUGAAUUAUGAGGGGUUUGUGGAAGAUGUGGAUGUGGGUGAUGAACUUCUUGUGGAUGGUGGAAUGGUGAGGUUUGAAGUCAUUGAGAAAAUUGGACCCGAUACCAAGUGUUGUUGUACUGAUUCCGGUUUGUUAUUACCCCGAGCCAACCUUCAUUUAUGGAGAAAGGGAAAACUAGUUCAAGGUCGAACUGCAAUGCUUCCCACAAUUUCUUCUAAGGACUGGCUGGACAUUGACUUUGCAAUUACUGAGGGAGUUGACUUUAUUGCAAUUUCUUUUGUCAAGUCUGCUGAAGUUAUCACUCAUCUGAGGAGCUAUAUUGAUGCCAAGUCCAUCCACAGUGAUAUUGACAUAAUCGCAAAGAUAGAAAGUGUCGACUCUUUGAAGAACAUGGACGAGAUUAUUCUAGCAUCAGACGGUGUGAUGGUCGCCAGAGGAGAUCUGGGGGCACAAAUACCCCUAGAACAAAUUCCAUCAAUUCAAAUGAAAGUUGUUCAGCUUUGCAGACAGCUGAAUAAACCGGUAAUUGUUGCCUCCCAACUGCUUGAAUCUAUGAUAGAAUACCCUAUACCAACGAGAGCAGAGGUUGCCGAUGUUUCUGAAGCAGUAAAGCAGCAGACAGAUGCUUUAAUGCUUUCUGGUGAAUCAGCCAUGGGACAAUACCCUCAAAAGGCAUUAUCUGUGCUGAGAAGUGUCAGUUUAAGGAUGGAGAAAUGGUUUAGGGAAGAGAAGCCCCUCAAGGACCCAAAACUACCAAAUAUUAAGCCAUCAUCAACAAAUACAAUCUCAAAGGAGUUAUGCUUAGCUGCUGCCAAAAUGGCCAACAAGCUGGGAGUUGAUGCCAUCUUUGUUUUCACUAAAACCGGUCAUCUGGCAUCACUCUUGUCAUGCUGUCGGCCAGACUGUCCAAUCUUUGCAUUUACACCUUCAUUGUCAGUUCGGAGACGCCUGAACCUGCAAUGGGGUCUGAUGCCAUUCCGGCUUGACUUCUCCGAACAUGAUACCGAAACCAACCUAAAGAAGACUUUCACACUUCUUAAAGCAAGAGGGAUGAUCGACUCUGACAAUGUCAUUAUCUCUGUCUCUGACGAGCUCCAGUCUAUUCAGGUGAUUUCCGUUCCUUGAAGAAUAUUAAAUUCUCAAUUGAUUUGCAAUCCAUCUUGUUACAUGCCUUAUAAAUUAUAUUAGAUUGUUUGUAACAAUUUUAGUUAAUAUUAUUGUGGUGUGGUAGUGAAUCCAUAAAUAGAGUGAUGUUAUAUAGAUCUCAAAUGGUCAAUUUUAUUAUUAUUUGAAAAUUUGAACUGCUUGUUUUUGUAUUAGUAAAAGGAGACAUCACACUGGACAUCAUAUAAUAUUAUACAUGUUUGAUGUUAUCUACUUAUU